AAACUUAUUAAAUAGGUAAAAAUGAAUGAAACAGAUGACAGAUUCGUCACAAUGGAAGACGCGCGUUUGCUUUUUCGAAACCGUUUUGUUGUUUUCAUGGGAGAUUCAGUUGUUCGAUCUAUGUACAAAGAUUUCGUUACACUUCUUCAGCAAGAGCAAUUGACGGUGAAUGAAGUAGACCUUAGACCAAAGGGAGAGAUGAAAUUUAAAGGAGACAGGCUCAUCGAAGGCGGAGAUUUGAUAAAGGAGGGUAAGACUAACGGAAUCGGUUACCAUGAAGUGCGACAAUUUCAAGUGGACUACUACAUGAUCCGAUACUAUUUCAUUACUUGCUGCCAUGGAGCCUAUAUGGAAUCGAUCUUAGAAGAUUUUCAGAGGGGUAUGCCACCCGAUAUUGUGAUUAUGAACUCAUCUUUAUGGGAUAUUACACGCUACGGUGCCAUGUCUGUUAAGAUGUUUGAAGUUAAUAUCACAAGAUUGUUGGAUCGAAUUAAAGAAGUUCUUCACCCCGCGUGUAUGUUCAUCUGGCUCACGACACUUUUUGUCAGUAGUGAAAUCAGAGGAGGUUUCAUGAUUCCACAGAUCGCGCAUAAGAAAGACAGUAUCAGAUUGGACAUUGUGCAGGCUAACUGGUUUGCGACUAUGAAAUGCAAGGAGCGCGAGCUGGACGUGUUUGACAUGAACUUCAGAAUGAGACGUUGGCAAUACUCGGAGAUGAUCAAAGAUGGAGUGCAUUGGACCCCAAGAGGUCACAGAAUAAUCACAACCUACCUAUGUUCGUACAUAGCCGACUCUUUUCAAGAAAAGAUUUCGGCUAAUUUUGCUUACACGGGACAGUUGCCAGCUGUCAUAAUCCACAGGGACCCCAAUGUCAAACAGUACCCAGAAGAGUUUUGGAAAAAGCAGAUCGAAUCAAUCCGCAAGUUGAAAUGAAUCGAUUUAUUUGUUACAUUGCACUCUCUCAUAAAGUGAUUUUUUGAGCUUUCUGUAUCUCAAAAAUAAAUAGAUAAUGUUUAUUGAAGACUUUGCUAAAUUAUUUAGUUUGGUUGAAUUUGCGUUACCAAACGCAUUGUCAGAUGGUUAAUUUUGUUUU